UAAUCGUGAAGCCCAUGCAGUCCCUCGCCCGACGCCCCAGAAUCUGGCUCAAGAUCGCCCUGGCCUGGAUCCUCUCCCUUCUCUUCCCCAUCCCGCAGCUCUUCAUUUUCGUUCAGUACACCCACGGCACCAAGGAGGACGGCACGCCACGCCGGGUCUGCGGCAGCAACGGCUACACGUCACCAUGGCAACGCAAGGUCUACUACACCUUCAACAUGACCUACAUUCUGGUGGUGCCCAUGAUCAUCAUGCUGUACUGCUACGCGCACAUCGUCAAGGUGGUGUGGCUGCGGGCGAGGAACGAGAGCUCUUCGCUCAUGGCAGCGCCGCCUCCCCCCAUGCCGUCGAUGUCAGCUGGGAAGUCUGCCAGAAAGGAAUCAUCUUCCCCCUGCUCGAAACAAGGGAGGAACCAUUCGUCUUCUUCUUCUUCUUCAGAGUCGAAGACGGGGAGGAAUUCUUCUGUAGAGUCGAAAAACUCGGCCUCCAACUCCUGCAAAAUGGCGGCGUCGACAAGCGGGACGAUUGUGGUGACGCCGAACGUCGUUGUGACGUCAGACGAGCAGGGAGGGGCGGGCAGUCCCGCGAAAAGGAAAUUAGCGUCUGCACUCUCAGGUCAAGGUCAGGGUCACUCACGCUCGGGCAGCACCAACAGCGUGCACUGGGCCAGGAACGUGUCCUCCCCGGACACCGAUGACGCGUGUAGUGAUCACCGCGAGAAGGAGCGGUCCCCGUCGGCAGCUUCCACCAAUCGUGAGAGAGAGAGACUGGCCCCAGACACGCUGGUCAAGCCUCAGGAAAAAAGCCAGCACCUGAGCGCGUACCCCGCGUCGCCACGUAUGAGCGUCCGCCGAGGUCUGGUCACCGCGUCCAAGCGACGUGCCCUGGUCAUGACCUUGACCGUGGUCCUCAGCUUCCUGUUGUGUCACACGCCCUACUUUUUCGUGAACUUGGUGCGGAUUUUCAGCGACUACAAGAUCAAAAUCGAAACUCUGAAAACGAUGAGCGAGUUCUUGGUGAUGGUUCACAGUACGCUCAACCCGCUUCUCUACGGCCUGUUCACGCUCAGGCAGUAUCAUCUGUUCGCACUGCUCGCCUUCUUCAAGUGCAUCAAACCUCGACAGAGCUCGUCAAAGUCAAAGUCCAAGUCCAGACGUCGGCACUUCGGCGAGGAGCGGCACGGGCUGCUCAGCAGCGUCAGGUCAAAACUAUCUCGUAACGGAAAAGUGAAAACGAACUUCAGCUCAUCGUCGUCAUCUGUAUCGUCACGGACAAAGCGAGCCAGCAGUGGGGGCGUGUCGGGGAGCAGCAACCAGAACUUUAAGCACUCGCUGAGAGCCAGACACGGGCCCACCAAACUGUUCCCACGAUCUUCAAAGGCAGCAACAACAACAACAGCGGCGGCGGCGACCAGUCUGUCGGCCCCCACGUCAUCACCCUUACCCUCACCCGGUGCCCCCCCGACAACGAACAACACCUCCUCGCCCUCUCCCUCCUCCUUCUCCUCCUCCUCCUUCUCCUUCCUCAAUAAGUUCAGGCGCUCACCUCUCUCUCAGCUGACGGGACGAGGCAAAAAACCCAAGUCCAAGUCGAAGCAAAGCCACGAGACGCUUCUGUUCGCCAACACGGGAGCUAUUCGCAUGACGGGCUCUGUUGUCGCAAAACCUGACGACACCGAAUGCUCCGAACUGGAAACAUCGCCCCUGGGUAGUCGGGAGUUCCCCCCAGCAACGUGCUACGGCAACCACUCGGUACACAACAGUCCACAUAGCGACCUGACUGUUGAGGCUGACGGUCUAAGCCGGGCCCCGAAUCUAGGCAGCGACGUCAUUUGCGCAUGCCCCAAAGUCUCGGAGUACAGUGACGCCAUAGACACUUGGACGAGUCCAGAGGAGGGGGAGUAUAUGAUCGGAGGACUGACGAGGGUUUGAAGUCGUCAGAGAUGGCGUAUUGUACUGAGUGCUUUGUAAACUCUGCCUUCUACUACUGGUCGGAUGUUGCGUUACGCGAGCUGAAGACAAUAUCUCUGACUCUGUGGUAGACUUGCCUUUGUUUUCGGACAGUUUUCCUGACCUCAGAGAAGACUGUGACAGAAGAAUGUUGGUAGAUUUUUGUACAAUCUCGUAGUUACUAGUACUUGUCUCGUCUCGUGUAGUCAGUGUCGUAGAAUUCUGUGGCCAGGAGUAACAAUUAAUACACGGGGGAAGUGCUGGUCUGUAGACGUUCACCAUUAUUCUAUUCAAGUCUGGGUUUUUUCUGUUGUAUUUCUGCUUUUGUUGAUCAGCUUUUUAUCAACCCAAUGCCUUUACCUUCCUUUUCUGAAAAGUCCCAACAUUUUCAAGAAUACACUCUAGCGAAAUAUCACAACUUGGCUACUUAGAAACGCUUUGAUUCCUAUUAUUUACACGCAGCGUUGAAAAGACAUACAUAACAAUACACACUCGUGCAUCCUUAGAAUAAGAUGGUAAACCAUCAUCUCAUAUUCAUGUUUUAAAAAAUGUUUCAUAACAUUGUUAUAAAAAAACCAACACAUGCACACUUACUCUGGCUAGCUUCUUAUUUCUGCGAGUUCAAAUUCAUCGGUAGUUUUUAUCGGCUAGUCGAAAACAGUGAGUUUGUGAGAACACAGAUUCCGGCGCCCGGAUGUGAUGACGUCAGACCUGUUGUCAUGACAACGGUGUAAAACAAGCGGAGCCUUCAGUCGUGGAGAGCUCCUCGACUCCGUGUUUUGUCUCCCAAUCUCUCCCUCCCGCCCAGUCCCAUUACCGGAUUCCGUCACCGGCCAAAG